ACUCUUUUUUGGGACAAACUCCCUAGACUGAAAAGGCUGUAACUGUGGAAGAUAUCCACUUCUGACUAACUCAGACAGCUGAAGUCUUAUAUUAUAUUAUCAUUUAACCUUUAUAUACAUUGUAGACACUUUUGAAGGAGAUCUUCUAAUGGUCAAUAUGAACAGGAGUGUUGAUGUGGACACCUGACACCUGACCACCUUUUUUAAGACACACUUGAACAUUUGUGAACCCGUUCUUUAAAAGAAAAUCCUAAAUUAUAGUAGGGCUGAAAUUAAGUCUAACUAACACAAAUCAUUUUUUCCCACAGAUAUUCCAGUCUAUGAAAGUUCAACCAAGAGAAACCCUCUCAAGGCUGUUGCAGUGUGUGUGGGUCUGUUGUGUCUUCUCCUCCUCAUUGCAGUCAUUGUCCUGCUGGUCCUAUCCAGUCAAGACAAAAGCAACUGGAUCAUGGAAAGAAAUCAAGUGUUGGCAGAAUUUGCCAACCUGACCAGCGAGAGAGACGAGCUGCAGAGGAAAUUGACUGAUUUGGAGAAGAUGACACUGGACAUGGAGGCCAGCAUUAAAACUCUCACUGAGGAGAGAGAUGAGCUGCAGAGGAAACUGUCUGAUUUGGAUGACUACUCCCAACAAGGAUUCUUGUAUUUCAGUGGAAGUUUCUACUAUGUUUCUUCACAUAUGGACAACUGGUAUAACAGUAGAAGUGACUGUCUGGACAAAGGGGCAGACCUGCUGAUUAUCAACACCAAAGAAGAACAGGAAUUCUUAAAUCAAUAUCGGAGGAUAACAUGGAUUGGCCUGACUGACAAAGAGGCAGAGGACAGGUGGAAGUGGGUUGAUGGGACCCCGUUGACUACAAGCUUCUGGCACCGCGGGGAGCCAAGUCAUGGAGAAAAACAGGACUGUGUAGAAACAAAGUACUUCACAGAUACAAACAGCUGGGAUGAUGCAGACUGUGCACAUAGAAACUUUUGGAUCUGUGAAAAGAAAGCAUUUGUUUAACUCAGCUUACACACCAUCUUGUCAUCCAGGGGCGGAUCUAGGAAUUGACCGGAGAGCCAGGACAAAUAUUGUUUUUGAUUGUUCACUUUUAUUGCAUUGUAUGACUACUGCAAACAUUAGUGGUAGCAGUGAUUUAUUUUGGUCCUUAUCAGCUUCCACACCACCAUGGCAUUUACUACUAUAUAUAACUACUGUAUGUGGAAGACAUGAAGAUAAGAUCCAUUUACCACUUUCAGCUUAAGACAGCACUGAAACAUGAUCAAUGGCUUUGCUUGCAGACAAUGAUAAGCUGUGAUGUAUCUGUACUUUGAUUAAUUUCGAAUAAAUGUUAUCA